CACACCAAACGGAUAUCUUAGCAUUGCCGUGAACAGGGACACUUUCGAGUCCAUUCAACUCACCGGGAAGCCUAUUCAGACCUCGAGGAAGUCCAAGGACCGCUAUCGGUUAACCGGGUGGGAUGCCCAAAACCCGUCAGCCUGCCCUCCUGGGCGUUCUGUCGCUGCGGGCCGUGGCCUCGUGGCUGUGCAGCCUAGCCAAGCAGUAUAUGCCGGUGAUCGCACAGAUCUCCAAGGUGAAUGUCCAGGAAGCUGCCAUCAUCCUCAAGGGCAAAAUGGUGCUACUACACGACCUGUUUGAGUACAAUGUACCCUUUUGUCUGUACGACAAGUUGGCUGAGGAGAUGUAUCUGGCCAUUCCGCAGUUGAUUGACAAUAUCAAGAGUCGCCAGGAGUUGAAUUCUUCAAUGGGGAAGUUCCUGAGUGAAGUGAAUGUUGCCGUGUCGCUCACAGAGGUUCUGCUGUCUUCCAAUCUGCAGACGCUGAAUUUCGAUCGCGUCCCGAAGAUGAUGAGACACAUUUUCUACAUGAAGCUGGAUCAGUUGACAGGAUUGAAGUCUCUUGAUCUCGGAUCACUGUCCGGUGGGUGGAAGACGCAGGAUAUGGAGCCGACGGUGUUGAAUGGCAUACUGAAUAUGAAGCAUUUGCGAUCGAUUUGCAUAAAUUACGAUGCAACUGAUAAUAUUAUCAAGUGUUUGGGCGAGUGUUGUCCAGAUCUUAUGGCUAUUGACUUCAGUUCAUCGAAAUGCAUCACAAAUGCCAGUGUGGAAUUACUGAUGUCGCUGCGAUGUCUCAAGAGGGUGAUCUUGUACAGAACUUCGGUCACGAUGGAGGGAUAUAUUAAGCUGUUGCUGAAUUUGCCCAGGAUUGAGGAUCUGGGCAGAUAUGAUGAUCUUGGACGCUGUCUGUCCUACAUUGACACAUACUAUCCGGACCAGGAGGAAUUGCAGCUCACCAAGUUUAUCAGUCACUACGCAACAACUGAACAUCUGCAGAUUCUGGGCAGACUCUGUCCGAGACUUCACACAGUUUCCUUGUUUCACAACGCUCUUCUGGUCGAUCUGAUGACGUUGAUUGCCAUUGAUGAACUCAAGGAUCUGAAGCUGCUGUCGGCGGACUUCUUCGCUGACCAGAUUCGUCAUGUGCUGGAAGUGAAGGGCUGCAAUUUGACACACUUGCAUCUUGAGCAUGUGGAUGAGAUUGACAUGAAUGCAUUGAUCUACAUCAGUCAAUUCUGUCCGGAUCUCAAGUCUUUCGUCAUCUACAAUUGUGAAUUGGUGGACAGCACAUCGUUGUGCAUGAGGCGUUUCCCAAUUCCACCCUACAUGAAUCUCGAGCGACUGACCAUCGCCGCGUCGUGCAAGUUUUGGCAUCUGGACUUUUUGCUCGCAACGGCUCUCAAAAUACGCUACAUAUACGUGGGCACGAUGGUUCCAACGGACGAUGACCUCAUCGCUCACGUGCUUAUGAAGAAUCCCAUGCCGAAUCUUGAGGAAUUCAGAGUGAUCUUCUCAGAUGCACUGACCAUCAAUUCGGCCUACAAGCUGGCCAACUGUUGCAGCAACUUGCAAAGACUCACAGAACUUGAGAGCUGGACAAAGAUCAGUGAGCCUGAAUUGACGGAGUUCAAGAAGUACAUCAAAGUGAGGAAUAUGGAUUUGGACAUCAAAUCGCAGAAAUUCUCUGCUGAUUCCUGAAGAAAAUACUUUUCAUGUUUUCAGUAUAAUAAAGCUAUCAAAUACUCUUAUCAUUCGGUGUCAAUUAGCGGCAAUUUCACACACACUCACACUCUCUUUUCAGUCUGCGAGAUCAA